GAGAUGGCCGCGUGGAUGCGGGGCAAGGAUCCGUCCCGCUGCCUGCUCCUCCUGGCCGCGGUGCUGAUGGUGGAGAGCGCGCAGACCGGCAGCCCGCGGGCCAAGCUCAACUCCAUCAAGUCCUCUCUGGGCGUGGAAACGCCUGCCCAGGCCGCCAAUCGAUCUGCGGGCGCCUACCAAGGACUGGCUUUCGGCGGCAGCAAGAAGGGCAAACACCUGGGCCAGGCCUACCCUUGCAGCAGCGACAAGGAGUGCGAAGUGGGGAGAUACUGCCACAGCCCCCACCAGGGGCCGGCGGCCUGCGCGCUGUGCCGGAGGAGGAAGAAGCGCUGCCACCGCGACGGCAUGUGCUGCCCCGGGACCCGCUGCAACAACGGCCUCUGCAUCCCGGUCACUGAGAGCAUCCUGACUCCCCACAUCCCAGCUCUGGAUGGCACCCGGCACAGAGAGCGAAACCACGGCCACUACUCCAACCACGACUUGGGGUGGCAGAACCUGGGAAGACCACACGCCAAGAUGUCACAUAUAAAAGGGCAUGAAGGAGACCCCUGCCUGCGCUCGUCAGACUGCACGGAAGGGUUCUGUUGUGCUCGGCACUUCUGGACCAAAAUCUGCAAGCCAGUGCUUCACCAGGGAGAAGUCUGCACCAAGCAGCGCAGGAAGGGCUCGCACGGGCUGGAAAUCUUCCAGCGGUGUGACUGCGCCAAGGGCCUGUCUUGCAAAGUGUGGAAAGACGCGACCUAUUCCUCCAAAGCCAGACUCCACGUGUGCCAGAAGAUUUGAUCACCACGGAGGA